AUGACGGCGCGUGUAGCAACUCUCAUUCUAGCGCUCGCGCACGUGUCGCUGCGCGCCGGCGCGUCCAUACAGGACCUCGUGGCGGCGGCCGGCACGGGGUCGCAGGGGUUCGGGUUCACAGGGAAAGCCACUGCCACUUAUUACGGCGGCGGUCUCGACGGCGGCAACUGCGGGUUUGGCAACAUCCUGGCGGCCGGGUACGGCCCCUUGUCAGCGGCAGGCAGUGUGAUGCUCUACAAGGACGGCCACGGAUGUGGCAGCUGCUACAGAGUCCGGUGUGUGGACAGCCCCUACUGCAAGAAGGGCGUGAGCGUCACAAUGACCAUCACGGACCAGUGCCCUGCAGGGCCGGGCGGUGCUGCCCCACGUGUGCUGCCCCACGUGUGCUGCCCCACGUGUGCUGCCCCACGUGUGCUGCCCCACGUGUGUUGUCCCGCGUGUACGCACUUCCCACAUUCAAGCCACUUGUGCCUCUUUCCUCUCCCCCGUGCCAGAGUCCGGUGUGUGGACAGCCGGUACUGCAAGAAGGGCGUGAGCGUGACAGUGACCAUCACGGACCAGUGCCCUGCUGGAGCGGGGUGGUGCUGCCCCACGUGUGUGCACUUCGACCUCAACAUGGCAUCCUUCAACCUCAUCGCGGAGCAAGUGGCGGGGCACAUUCCCCUCGGUACCCUGUGCUUUCAACCGCAACAUCCGCCUCACACCACUGGCUCUGACUUUUGGAUCAACCUGCUCGUGCGCAACGUGGCGGGCCCUGGUGACCUGGCAUCCGUCCACGUGGCAGAAGCAGGAUCCGCCACGUGGAAGCCCAUGGAACACGACUGGGGCGCCGUGUGGGUGCACCGGACGUACCUCAAGUCGCCUCUUAGGUUCCGACUUACCUCAUUAAUGGACGGGCAGGUGGUGGAAACACCUGGCCUGUGUCUCCCUGCGGGGUGGGUAGCAGGAAAGGACUAUGAUUGUCAAGUGCAGUUCUCUGGAGGAGGGGGAGGGGGAGGAGGGGGAGGCGGGGGCGGUUGGGGAGGUGGUGGAGGUGGGGGGAAUGGGGGUGGGGGCAACAGCACAGGGGGGAACAAUGGGUGGAGCGGCGGCGGGGAGAGUGAGGGGAAUUCAGGAAUUCUUCCGCCUAAGAACCUGAAGACCCCUUCUCCUAAGACCCCUUCUCCUAAGUCCCCUUCUCCUAAGUCCCCUUCUCCUAAGUCUCCUUCUCCUAAGUCCCCUUCUCCUAAGUCCCCUUCUCCUAAGACUGCUAGUCCUCCGACGAAAGUCCCUCCCGGUUCCGGGCAGCCGAAUAAUGGGAAUCCGAAAAAGCUCUCCCCUCCUUCAGGGCAGCCGAAUAAAGGGAGUCCGAAAAAGGGUUCCCCACCUUCCGGGCAGCCGAAUGAUGGGAAUUUUAAGAGACUCCCUCCAUCUUCAGGGCAGCCGAAUAAAGGUAGUCCAAAGAAACCCCUCCCUCCUUCAGGGAAGGUGAAUAAUGGGACCAAGGCGAACAAAGGGAGUCCAAAAAAGACCCCUCCUGCUCCAGGAACACCCAAGAAUGGGACAAAGGCUAACAGCCCUCCAAAGAAGACCCCCCUCUUUCCUGGAAAGACGAAGAAUGGGACAAUGGCUCCUUACCCUCCAAGUUCAGGUGCUCCCUUGCCUGGGAAGGCGAAAGAUGGUAAAAGUAAAGGCACCAGCCCUCCUAAGAAGGGCCCACCAACGCAUGGGAAGAUGGAGGAUGGGACGAAGACACCCAACCCGCCGUCGACAAACUCUUUAUUUCCUGGGAAGGCUGGAAGUGGGGGGUAA